UAAGGGCUGGAGGCGCGGUGGGACCAGAGGUUCCGUCCUUUCCGUUGCUCAAUGAAACCUUCCUAAUGGAGCGCCGGAGCUUUUGAUGGUGCUGCGCAAGCGCUGUGGCUGGAGCUGGCACGAUGGAGCAUCCGCGGCUACAAGUUGCAAGCCUGUUUCUGUUUGUUCUGUGCUGGGGGAAGAGCUCGGCUGAUACAAAAUGGAGCAAAUUCCUGGUUCAGAUAGACAGAGCUGUGGAGAACUACAAACCAUGUAUGCAGGCAAACUGCAGCUGUCAUCAAAGAGUUAGGGAACAGGACUUGGCUCCCUUCCGAGAGGGGAUCUCCGAGGAGCUGCUGUCAGAAGCAAUCAGUCGAAGGCUUGGGACGCACUACCAGAUCAUUGAGAAGAAGUUGUACCGUGAACAUGAUUGCAUGUUCCCUGCAAGGUGCAGUGGGGUUGAACACUUCAUCCUUGAGAUCAUUAACAACCUCCCGGAUAUGGAGAUGGUGAUCAAUGUGCGAGACUACCCCCAAGUGCCCAAGUGGAUGAAACCAAAGAUACCCAUCUUCUCCUUCAGUAAGACGUUGGAAUACUAUGAUAUUAUGUACCCUGCUUGGACAUUUUGGGAAGGCGGGCCAGCUGUUUGGCCAAUUUAUCCAACAGGCUUAGGACGUUGGGAUCUAAUGAGAGAGAGCCUCAAAAGCUCUGCAGAAAAAUGGCCCUGGAAGAAGAAAAUUUCGAAAGCCUAUUUCCGAGGGUCCAGGACAAGUUCAGAGCGGGAUCCCCUCAUUCUUCUUUCUCGAGAAAAUCCAGACCUUGUUGACGCAGAGUACACGAAGAACCAAGCCUGGAAAUCCGAAAAAGACACUCUUGGGAAACCACCAGCUAAGGAAAUUGCACUAACAGACCACUGUAAAUACAAAUACCUCUUCAACUUCCGAGGUGUGGCUGCCAGUUUCCGCUUCAAACAUCUCUUUUUGUGCAACUCGCUGGUGUUUCACGUUGGGGAAGACUGGCUGGAGUUCUUCUACCCUCAGCUGAAACCUUGGGUUCACUACAUCCCAGUCAAAUCAGAUCUCUCUGAUGUCAGGGAGCUGCUGCAGUUUGUGAGAGAAAAUGACGAGGUAGCCCAAGAAAUUUCAAAGAGAGGUCGCCAGUUCAUCAUGGACCACUUGCGAAUGGAGGAUAUCUCUUGUUACUGGGAGAGACUUCUGACUGAAUACUCCAAAACCCUAACUUACAAAGUUAAACGAAAGAGUCACUACAGUGAGAUUUCAUCCAGAAACUUGAAAACAGAACUGUAAAAAUAUUUUUAAAUAUUCAGGACCAAGACUUGUGGACACUGUGAAAUCCAAAGAGCAGAACGGUUUUCUUCAAGCUUAGAGGAAAGAGUUAUUGUUACUGUAUUAAACUAUUUUAUCAAAUC